AUGUCCAGCUCAGACAGGCCAAAGUUAAGAGAACAUCAAGUUGAAGGGGUUAAAUGGAUCAACAAACGCUUUCUAGAUGGUCAUGGAUGCAUCUUAGGUGACGAAAUGGGAUUAGGCAAAACAGCUCAGGUAGUAAUGUUGAAUGUUUGCAAUCCAAACAAUGCAGAUCGAAAAUGUCAGUUCCUAAUAUUAAGUCCCUUAUCGGUCUUGAACAAUUGGCAAGUUGAAUUAACUAGGUUCGGACCAAGUCUGACUGGGAUAGUUUAUGCUGGCUCGAAAGAAGAUCGUGAACAGUUACGAACAAACAUUGGGCAGCUACCGUACCAUGUCUUAAUGACUACCUACGAGAUAUGCAUGAAGGAUGCUGUAUUCUUAGAAGAAUUUAAGUGGAAAGUCCUGAUUGUUGAUGAAGCUCAGAGAUUAAAAAAUUCAAAUUCGAUGUUGUACCAAAUACUCAAGCAGUUUCGUAUUCAGUUUUCAUUGCUCCUAACUGGUACUCCAGUUCAAAAUAAUCUUAAUGAGUUGUACUCGCUGUUAUCAUUCAUUGAACCUAAGAAAUUUAGAUUGGAAGAUGCUGAAUAUUUUAUAGAUAAAUAUGCUACCAUCACUGAAAUGACUGGUUCUUCUCUUAAUGAUAAGCUUCGAUCGAUAAUAAAGCCAUAUAUUCUUCGAAGAGUGAAGAAGGGGGUUUUGCUUGACUUGCCAUUGAAAUCAGAGAUGACAGUAGACUGUGGCUUAUCACAUCUCCAGAGGAAACUAUAUAAAGCUUUACUACAACGUAAUAUUGAAUCGCUUACAAAUGAAGCAUCCAAAACCAGCUUAAUGAAUAUGUUAAUACAACUACGAAAAUGUGUUAAUCAUCCCUAUUUGUUUAAUGGUAUUGAACCAGAGCCGUUCGAAAUUGGGGAUCACCUAAUCAAUGCAAGCGGAAAACUUUUUCUUCUAGAUAAAUUACUGCCUUACUUAAAAUCAAGAGGACAUAAAGUACUUAUAUUUUCUCAAAUGACGCGAAUGCUAGAUAUCCUUCAGGAUUACCUAAGCUAUAAAGACUACAAUUAUGAGAGACUUGAUGGAUCAGUUCGCGGUGAAGAGCGUUAUUUGGCUAUUCAAAACUUUACGGAUCCGGACGUAUUCGUGUUCAUCUUAAGUACUAAAGCUGGUGGCGUAGGACUAAAUUUGGUUGCUGCAGACACCGUUAUUUUCUUUGAUAGCGAUUUUAAUCCACAGAAUGAUAUUCAAGCCGCUGCUAGAUGUCAUCGAAUUGGGCAAACUAAACCGGUGAAAAUUAUCCGCUUUGUAGCCCAAAGUACUGUAGAGGAAAUCAUUCUUAAGCGGGCUGAAGCAAAGCUCAAACUAACAGACGCUGUAAUAGAAGGUGGCCAUGUAAGUUAUAGCCUUGCUAUUUUAAAUUCUUUAUCAACUAUUUCUGUAUUUCAGUUAUUGAGCAUUAUUAAGUUUGGCUUAAGUAAAAUUUUGGAGUCGGAAGACAGUACAAUUGAAGAUCAAGAUAUUGAAAGUUUAAUUGGAAGUAGUGUAGACAGCAAAUGGGUAGUGAAGGAUUCAGAUAAUGAAACAAAGGUGGAAUUCAUCGCUGAAACACAAAAUGAAAAGCCACCAGAAAGUAUGUACCAUUACGAAGGUCAUGAUUAUUCUAAAGAGCCUAGCCAAGCUGAUAUCUCGGCUUUUGACAGUGUACUAGUGAAAGCUGAUGAGCUUCAUAGAACUUUAAGAAGUAAUAAAGGGGUAACUGUUAGCGAAUUGCCUACCGCUACAAGAAAACGUAAGCCAUUAACUGAAGAACAGCUAGAGGAGAGGCGUAGAAAAAGGAUAGAAUCAGCUGCAAAGAAAGCAAAGUUACAAGAAGAGCAACGCAUCAAAAGAGAAAAGAAAAUGCGCGAAAAACUUGAAGAAACAUGGCGGAGUAAAGGAUAUACAUCUCUUAACUUACCUCUUGAUAGUGAAGGCGAAUCGGAUACAGAUGAAGAAGAAAAUAUGGAAGAAGAUUGCUUAUCAGCUGAUACGCAAGAUAUUAAAUAUGUUUCCGGAGAUGUAGCUAUGCCAAAAACUCAAGAUGGUGACUCAAUCGUUGUCCAUUGCGUUGAUGAUAGUGGGCGUUGGGGUAAAGGUGGAGUAUUCUCAGCGUUAAGUACUCGAUCAGCUCAACCCGAACAGUUAUACUUAUUGGCUGGUAAAAUGAAAGAUUUGACGCUUGGGGAUGCGCACUUAAUUGCAAUUGAUGAUAGAUUUAGUAGAGAUAAUGGAAAUGAUUAUGUAGCCGUCAUUGUUGCACAGAAGCGAGAUAGACAAAAUCAACUUUCUCCUAUCCACUUAACAGCAUUAAGUACUGGGUUCGAACGUGUUGCUACGUAUGCUAAACGAACUAAUGCGACCGUUCACCUUCCAAGAAUUGGCUACGCGACACCAAAAUUUAAUUGGUACGGAACUGAACGUCUGAUUAGAAAGCAUUUAACAGCGAGGGGAAUACCAACUUUUAUGUAUCCAAUUUUUCUUACUCUACUGUGCCAUAUGAGCUUUAAAUUCUACUCAUAA